AUGUCCUCUUUGGCCAAAUCCUCAGACCGAUCCGGCAUCUGGUCAUACGUUCCUUUCAGCUCCUCCCCUCGCCGCCGCUCCGUCAGUAACGGACUUCCUCGCGCAGCAGCCAACAAUACCCCCUGGGAUCCUUUCGAAAAAUCAGAUCGACAGACAAGCGGCUCGGGCGCAAGCCUACCAUCCAUGCUGGAGUCGGCUCAGAACGCCUGGAUGACUCAAAGUCGUCAGGCUCGCUUUUUCAAGACCGGGGGGGUGCUCGCUCUGAUCAUUGUCCUGUACUGGUUCCUCUCGGGAGGAAAUGGGAGCACGUCCGGCUCCGUCCCAAACGUCUAUACACCAGCCGAUUCUCCUACCUCAAGAUGCACGAAACCCUAUAAUCCUUCGAGGCCUCUUGUGCAGUAUGCCAUCAUGAUCGACGCGGGCAGCACGGGAAGCCGAAUCCAUGUCUAUAAAUUCAACAACUGCGGACCAACGCCGGAACUGGAGCAUGAGGAGUUCAAAAUGACUGAGAAGAGACCAGAGGGCUCUGGGUUGAGUUCAUACAAGACGGAUGCCGAGGGCGCUGCCAGGAGUCUCGACCCCCUCAUGGAAGUCGCAAUGGCUUCCGUGCCAAACGAGUACAAGUCAUGCACGCCUAUCGCGGUCAAGGCGACCGCAGGUCUGCGACUACUUGGUGACGAGAUGAGCGCCAAGAUCCUCGAGGCCGUUCGGAACAGGCUCGAGACUCAUUAUCCUUUCCCCGUGGUGUCUCGCGAAAAAGGCGGCGUCGAGAUCAUGAAAGGAGAGGAUGAAGGCGUUUUUGCUUGGAUCACUACCAACUAUCUGUUGGGCAAGAUUGGCGGCCCAGACGAGACUCCCACGGCGGCCAUCUUCGACCUUGGAGGCGGUUCGACUCAGAUUGUCUUCCAGCCGACUUUUAAGAACAGUCCGCAUGGAGGCAUGCCACAGAAAAUGGAAGAGGGAGACCACAAGUACAAUCUCAAGUUUGGAGGGCGGGAAUUUGAGCUGUAUCAGCAUUCACAUCUCGGCUACGGACUCAUGUCAGCGCGCAAAGCAUUGCAUCAGCUAGUGCUGGACCGCAUGCACAAACAGAACCCCGAUUCGAGGGCCUGGCUCAGCAAACCCAUCCCGAAUAGCUGUAUCACUCCCGGCGUACAGAAAAAGCUCGUUGUCGAAAUGCCUGCCGAUCACGAAUUGUCGGGAGAACAUACAGUGAUAAUGGAGGGUCCCGCCGACGCCAUCCCCGCUCAGUGUCGAGCUCUCGCCGAAGCCAUUCUGUACAAGGACAAAGAAUGCACGCUGGCACCCUGUUCCUUCAACGGAGUGCACCAACCAUCGCUCGAAAAGACCUUCUCCAGGGAGGAUGUUUAUAUCUUCUCGUAUUUUUAUGAUCGCACGCACGACUUGGGCAUGCCUGAGUCGUUCACUUUACGCGAACUCCAAGAUCUCACAGCCCGCGUUUGUGGGGGAGAACAAGCGUGGGAUGCGUUUGCCGGCAUCGAGGGUGCUCUAGACGACCUGCGAGAGCGGCCCGAAUGGUGUUUGGAUUUGAAUUUCAUGUCGGCGCUCCUGCAUACCGGCUAUGAGAUGCCCAUUGAUAGAGAGGUCAAGAUUGCUAAGAAAAUCAAAGGCAACGAAUUGGGAUGGUGUUUGGGUGCGAGUCUGCCGCUGCUGGAGAAGGAGAGUGGCUGGGAGUGUCGCAUCAAGGAGGUCUCGUAA